CCAUAAUAUAGCCAUUGCAUUAUAAAGAUAGAGAGGAACAACGCAAACGGAUAUGGAUACCCGCGCUAACAUUGUAAUCGUGUCCGUACUGGUCAUGUUGGCUGCCGUGGCCAACUCCGAGAUUACCAUAUGCAACGUCCCCCUCUCAGGGCUCCAGGCCUGCCUGCCGGCAGCUAAGCCACCCAGCCCACCACCACCAACGUCGGAGUGCUGUGCGUCGAUGAAGGAUGCCGACUUCUGCUGCCUGUACUCGUACCGAGACUCACCUUUGCUGCCUUCUCUCGGAGUGGACCCCAAGCUCGCCAUUCAGAUUCCUGACAAGUGCCACCUUGCUCAUCCUCCUCCUUCCAGUUGCUAAUCAAUCGAUGAAGCUUUCGUGAUGAUGGGACCAUAAUAACAUUAAUCUCGAUGAUGAACGAGCGUGUUGAUUGUUAUAAUAUGUUUAUGAUUAAAGGUUGUCAUGUGAUACUUAUAUAAUUAGUAUGUGGAGAAAAUAUUGCAAAUUGAUAGGGCUUA